AGCGCAUCGUUUUGGUCGCGAAAUGAAGCUAGAGUCUCAAGUCGUCCGUCUUUAUUUCCACACUCACUCUGCGCAUCGUUCUCAGCGGACCGAUGGACUCCUAUGCUCCGCUUCUGGAAAAAACCCGGGUCCCGCAACCCUCCCUCCAAAAAUUUGCGGUAGUUUCAAUAUUCACGAAGCUCCGCUCUGCUCCGGCUUAUCUCGAUCCGGAUUCCGAUCCCGGAAGAGAUGCUAUCUCUCAGUGCCUGCAUUCCUCAUCUCCCGCCGUCGUCGACCAAACAGUUCGCGAGCUCUGUCGCCUCGUCUUGGACUCUAAAUUGGAUCUCUCUCGCGGGUUGCUGGAGCUCCAGUCUGCACUCGAAGGCGCAGACUCGAAAUUCGUUGGUUUAUUAGUUAAAGGACUGGGAUUUAUCAUUCGGGUCGGGUUUCAGAGGAACCAUGGGUCGUGGUGGGUUGGUUCCCCUGACAAUCACCCGUUUGUUAAGAUUUUAUCUUGCAGAACUGAGAUUCAUUCUGAAUUGGUGCAUCAAGUUUUACUGUUUGUGGCUCAGAAUAGACGGCUGGGAAUGGAGGAAGUUUGCGAAUUCUUGAGACCCUUUCUGAUUUUUUCAAUUCUACGCAUACCCUUCUUAGGUUCUUCAUCAUCUUUGUUUGCAAGGCAGUUGAUAUCAUCAAUGACUUCAUUUUGUUGUUCUUAUCCCAAUGAAGCAAUACCAAUUCUUCAGCUGCUGAUGGGUUGCCUCAAGUAUUUACCACACAGGAAUUCAGAUGAACUUAGGGACUCUUAUUGUUUUUUGGAAUGCAUAGUGGAUGCAUAUUCAGUGGUUUUGCGACAGUUGGUCCAGAUUGGAUUGCUGGUUGGUGAGGCCCAACGGUUUGGGGUGGAAUUGUCGGAGACUAUUCUUUCUCUACUAACAUUGCCUGGGCAUUCUGCUGGUGCCGAGCCAAUUGUUGAUCUAGUGAAGUGGUUGUUUGUCAUUCAGAAAGAUCUGAGCUUGUGUUAUAUACCUGAAUUAUCAUCAACAGUGCUAUCCUUAUUUAUUAUCCUUAUCCAAUCUGAUCUUGAACAUGAACAACUCUCUUUGUUGAAAUUCCUCAUCUUCCUUUUAAAGUGGAAAAGUGAAAAUGGAUUUGUUGAUAGAACCAAAUGUGAUUUCAGUGAAGAGCUUGUAUUCACCUUUCCUGUCAUCAGCCUUAUGUCAUCAACUUCUAGAUCUGUAAAAGGUGCAGCAGCUGAUUUACUUCUUGUGUUGGAAAAGCUUCUAUUACAAGUUCUUAGAGAACCAAGGACUAAACUGGUCACAGAAGGGAGAUUCCCAUCUAUCAGCUCGCCUGGGUCUAUUGUUUAUAGACUCUUGCAGCAUCUGUGGUUUCAGGACCAAUUUUCACAGUCAACUUCCUUCUUUGUAAAUUUUGCUUCUAAUGAUAAAACUGAUGCCAAAGGAACACAUAGUCAAGCAAGAACUUGGGCUUCUCAAUUAAGAGAAUACACUUUGCGGAUCAUUGACAGACGAAAAUCUUCCCAAUUCAUCUCUCAGUCUGAAGAAACUUAUUUAAAAGGGAUUUCCCCAUUGCUCUGUGCAAUUACUGGUGUUUUAGUGAUGCAUCAGUCCCUGGGAAACAUUGCAAUAGAUCUGUUGGCUACUAUUGUUACUAUGGAUCCUCAGCAGGGAGUUCCAAUGUUGCUAGCCAUUCUAUUUUACUGUAACAUUUUCACAAGAAAUGAUAUUAAUUACCAGUAUAUGUUGCCAAAACUUUUGGCUAUGCUUCCAUCACUGGCUUCACAUUUUCUGAUGAUACCGCUCAUAAUUCAGACUAUUCUGCCAAUGCUUCGAAAUGGUGGACAAUCUAGAGCGUUGUAUGCCACAGGUGUUCGUUUGCUUUGUCAGACCUGGGCAAUUAAUGACCGUGCCUUUGGCAAUCUGCAGGCGGUUUUACUUCCAAUAAGGUUCUCUGAGUUCAACUCUGAUAGAAAUAUCUGUAUAAGUCUGGCCACUUCUGUUCGAGAUGUUUGCAGCAAAAAUCCUGAUAGGGGUGUAGACAUUAUCUUGUCUGUUUCGGCUUGCAUUGAGAGCAAAGAUCCUAUUAUUCAAGCGCUUGGUUUACAAAGCCUUGCUUAUCUAUGUGAAGCUGAUGUAAUUGAUUUUUAUACUGCUUGGGAUGUCAUUGCCAAGCAUGUGCUAGAAUACUCCUCAGACCCAGUUCUUGCACAAAGUGUAUGCUGCCUUCUUAGAUGGGGUGCAUUGGAUGCUGAAGCAUAUCCAGAAGCUUCAAAGAAUGUUUUGCAAAUAUUGUGGGAUGUUGCUGUCUCCGUGCAUUUUAGUCAUGUGGUACAAUGGGCAAAGGCAAGAGCUGCUGCUUUUGAGGCCUUAUCCCAAUAUGAGGUCUCACAUAUAGAAAAAGGAAUUCCAGAUUUUAAGAGAGAGAGCAUGGAGUUGCUUUUGUCUGAGACAGACACAGAUGUUCUCAAGGCCAUGGAAGGAUUCGAAGUCAAGAUCAUAACUCAUGAACACAUGAAUAGGCGAAGAUUGGUGAAGGAAAGAAAAGUCACAGGAAGCAAGAUUGAGAAAUUACUGGACAUACUUCCUCAGGUUCUCUUCCCUUCAGAUGAAAAAAGUAAUGCUGGGAAGCUACCUGGUGCAGCUUUAUUAUGCCUUUCAUUUACCCCUAAAGAUGUAAACAACCUAGGGCUGUCAAGAGCAUCAUUAGAUGUUCAUGCUGCAUAUGAGAAUGCCCUGGUGGAAAUAGCUUCUUCUCUUCAGCUGUCGAGAAACAUUUUUGUGGCCCUUCUUUCGCUGCAAUCAUGGAAAACCUUCAUGCGCCGCUGGAUGAGGGCAAGUCUAUUAUUGCUUGAUGCAAAAGCUCCAUCUGUUGCAUUAGAUAAAACUUCUAAAGCUGCUAACAAUAUCCUCAAGAUUAUGAUGCGACUUGCUGAAGAAUCCAUCCCAAGGUCUGCUGAAAAUAUUGCUCUGGCUGUUGGUGCACUCUGUGUGGUCUUGCCUCCAUCUGCCCAUACUAUUAAAUCAACAGCUUCAAAUUUUUUGUUAAAUUGGAUGUUCCAAUAUGAACAUGAAUAUCGCCAAUGGUCUUCUGCAAUAUCUCUUGGAUUGAUUUCAAGUUGCCUACAUGUAACUGAUCAUAAGCAGAAAUUUCAAAAUAUCACUGGUCUUAUAGAGGUUCUGUGUGGCAGCAAAAGCACCCUUGUUAAAGGAGCAUGUGGGGUUGGCUUGGGCUUUUCAUGCCAAGACCUUCUCACCAGAGUUGAAGCUGCGAGUAGCAAUGAGCUGGACAGAGAUGACUACAAGAUACGGGAAUUUGCCUUGCUAGGGAAGGUAGUUAGGACAUUACUUCUGAUGACAAGUAAGCUCAGUCAAGCGUCAUGUGAUAUCCUAGAAGGUCUGUCUUCAUACUUCCCCCCAGGCAUUGGUGAUUUGGAACCCAAUAUGACCUCUGAGCUGUUUCCUGAGAAGCAUGAUGACUUGGAGGAAGAUAUUUGGGGUGUUGCUGGUCUUGUCCUUGGCCUAGGUAGCUCUGUCAGUGCAAUAUACAGAGCUGGGGCACAUGAUGUCGUGCUUAAGAUAAAAGAUUUGAUUCUGUCUUGGACUCCACAUUUUGACACUCUAGUAAUUAACUCUGGUUUUUCCAGUGAAGCCACAGACAAAGUUUUAUCCGUGGGAUCCUGUCUGGUGCUCCCUGUUGUUGUGGCCUUUUGCCAGCGAGUGGAAUUGAUGAAUGGUAAUGAACUGGAUCAUCUAAUAACUGGCUAUACUGAGCUUAUAUCUGAGUUACAGUCUGUGAAAAAGUCUGGUGCUAUCCAUCAGAGCUUGUUGAUGGCAUCAUGCAUUGGGGCAGGAAGCUUGCUUUCCUGCAUUUUGAAUGAAGCUGUGCACCCAAUUAAAGUUGAACGUAUCAAAGGCUUACUGGAAACAUUUAGAAAAUGCUACUCUAAUCCUUACCCUGCUCUUGUUCAUAUGGGUGGGAUGCUGGGAGUGAUUAAUGCGAUGGGAGCCAAUGCAGGAAUUUUCAUUCAUAAUUAUCAUUUCCCUUCUCCAGUGAGGACUGGUUAUGAGCAAAAGGACUCUUCUUAUGUCUUGGGUCCUCUAUUUUCAAGCCCUAUUUGUGAAUCACAUUUGACAGCAUUGAUUCAAGAGAUAUUCCUUGUUGCACAAAAUUCUGAUGACCUCCAAAUGAAACACAUUGCAGCUUGGGCAGUUUCUUUCCUCCGAAAUUUUUUAUGGUCCAAGGAACUGCUAGAUGUUGACAAUGGUAUUCAGACUGAUGUUGCCAAUUCCAAAACAGUUUCUCGCAGUUUUUCCAACGACAGUUUAGUUAUGAAACUAUCUUUGUGGCUAAUGCAUCUGCAUUACUCUGCGGAAGGUAAAAGUCCACGUGUUGGCACAGUGUCAGUUGUUUUAAGAUGUCUUUCAGGAGCUCCCAGGUUGCCAACCAUGGAUUGGGGUUCAAUCAUUAGGCGCUGCAUGAGAUAUGAAGCUCAGCUUUCUGAGUUGUUACCACCAGAUUCAGCUCUUGAGAAGAGAAGCCUCAGGGAGGAGUCUCUUCUAUUCUCAAUUGCUCACGCAAACCAAUUUGAUCCUCUUCUGACUUUCCUUGAUGAACUAUCUGAAGUGUCCAGGUUCAGGACUCUUGAGCUGAAUCUGCAGUCAUGUCUGCUUGUACAUCUAGCUGACCUGACGAAAGUAUUCUCAAGUUCCCGGCUAGAGAAAUUAUUUGAUGAUAUUACGGAGUUCUUUUCGUCAGAUUCUUCACCAAAAAUGUAUAAUUCUAAUCAGACAAGGUCACUAAGGAUAUCAUUCUGGAGGGGCCUCUGCCAGUGUUUAGAUGAAGCUUCCCUCAGUUCUCUUGAGUACAUGCCAAACGUUGAAAAGUGCAUGGAGGUGCUGUUUUCAAUGUUGCCUGUAUCAGAAUCAUCUGCUGUAGGAUCACAUAUGCUAAACCCUGUACAAGAGUGGCGUGAGGCGGUUAAAUGCUUAGCAAAAGCUCGGGUCAAUUGGUUGUUGGAUUUCUUGCAGGUUCCACUGGUAAAUCUAAUACAAGGAGAUGAGCAAUUUAAUGAAACCCUAAAGAAGAUUGUAGCAAAAGCCAAGCUAGUAAGGAUGGGUUCCAUCACACUGACUGAGCUUGGAAGACUAAAAGCUUAUAUACUGAACUCUAGAUCAUAUGGUAUUUGGAAUGUGCUUGUUGAAGUUGUAGCAGCUUUGCAAUAUGCAGCAGAGGGUAGCGUCAAAAGACAGUGGCUUGUUGAUGCGGUGGAAAUUAGCUGCGUGUCCAGUUAUCCCUCGACGGCACUCCAGUUUGUUGGUCUGUUAUCUGGAAGCUGCUGCAAAUAUAUGCCUCUCCUGACUUUGGACCGAUUAACAGUAUUAAGUGAUCUACCAGUUACUCUUCCCUCUCUUUUGUCAGAACCCAGUUGGGAAAUUGUUGCAGAAUCCAUUGUUUCUCAUCUUUUGGUAUCAACAGAACGCAUAUACCACUGGGUUACCCACGUCCGCAUGGUCCUUGACAAUGAUGCAGCAAACAUGCAGGCUAUCGACGAAAGCGAAAAUGACAUGGUUGAUUUUCUUUUGCCUGUGAUGCAUCAGGUCUGUUUAUCUUUGAAACAUUACUUGCCUUUGGAGAAGCAGCUUAAGCUUGCAAGCAUUGUGAUAAAAUGAGGCUUGUCAAUUAGGUCAUAGGAAACCUUCAAUAGCAGGCUUUUUUUUUUACCCACUUUUGUUGCAAGUCUUUUCUUUUUCCCCUUCAUAUACUUCUCCACACUUGAUUAGGUGUUCUGUUCAUGUUGUUAUGAGAAAGUUUUAUGGCUUGACAAA